AUGUCGAUGAAGAUCUCCUCCAAAAACAUGAUCAAAUACCUGUCUUUGGUGGUCGGUAUCCUGGUCAUGUCCCUCUCCGGCUCCCUCUUCUCCUUUGCCUCCAUCUCGACCGACCUCAAGGCCCGCUUCGGUUUUAGCUCCUCCAACAUCAAUCUGCUCUCCGCCAUCGGUGAUACCUCUAUGUAUGUCGGUUUCCUCAUCGUUGGUCCCAUCUUCGACCACUAUGGUGAACGCUGGACCAUGAUCACCGCCUCUGUCCUCACCUUCCUUGGUUACGGAGGCAUGUACAUUGCCUAUGCCAAGGCAUGGGGUGGUCUUGGUUUCCUCAUGGUCCUCUAUUGUCUUGCCGGUGUUGCCUCCACUGCUGGAUACCUAGCCGCGCUUGCAGCCAACAUGGCCAACUUCCCAGCCUCAACUUCAGGUACCGUCUCGGGUAUCCUCCUCGCCUUUUUCGGACUCUCCGCAACAUUGUUCUCCCAGAUCAAGACUCACCUCUUCUCGGGUCACGAUGAGGUUGCCGAUCCUAACUCGACCCUCAAGGGCACCAAGGCCACCCAGAAUUUCUUGCUCUUCUUGACUAUCAUCACUACCGCCAUCUACCUCAUCGGCGCCGUCUUCAUGGUCAAGAUCAAAAAGCCCGUCAUCAAGGCCCUCGACUCAGGCCCAUCCUCCAACUCCACCGUCAAUAGCUCCUCGGACAUUGAAAAGGCCGCCGCCGCUGCUGCUGCUGCUGCUGCCACAAUCCCGGCUGCCACCGUUGGAUCCACUCCCAUCCAAGCCUUGUCCCGUAGCACCACAUUCACUCCCUCGAUGAAGAACGGCCGCGAGGGUUGGAACAACUCAAGCACCACCCUUGACAAGGAAUCCGUGGCCCCUCGCACCGCUCAUCACCUCCCUGGCGAUGCCAUCCUCGAGUCGACAGCCCCUGCGCUGAUAGCCCCCAGCAGCAACGGCGGCAUCAUCACCACCACCGAUGUCUCCAAGACCUGGUUCAACCCCUACCUAACCUCGAUCGACAUGAAGCCUAAGGCCCUUCUGGUCGAAUCCACCUUUUGGUUCUUUGUCAUCGCCCAAGUCUCCCAGCAAGGCUUCUCCUACAUCAACAACGUCGACUCUAUCGUUCACGCCGUCCUCGACCCCCUGGACCCCUCCACAGUCACCCGCGCCGUCUCCCUGACCGGUCUCCACGUCACCCUGAUCUCCAUCGGCAACUGUCUCGGUCGUCUGGCCUCGGGUAUCCUCUCUGACUGGGUCAUCAGCCGCUACCGCAUCUCCCGCUCCAUCUUCUUCUUCAUCUCCGAGAUCCUGAUCCUCAUCCCCUUGAUCAUCAUGGGCUUCUCCACCGGCAUCGUCUCUAUGCCUCUCCUCAUUAUUAGCUCCUGCCUCAUCGGUGCCACCUACGGAGCCACCGGCGCCCUCUUUGCCUCCAUGACCCGCGACUUUUUCGGUGACACCUACUACGGCACCAACUGUGGAAUGGUCAUGGUCCUCAACGGUUUCAACCCCAUCAUCGCCAACCAGAUCUAUGGUGUCUUCUACGACCGUGCCGCCAAGAAAAUGGACCCCACUCACGAGUCCCAGUCCUCGGAGGACCAUAUGACCUGCUUGGGCAGUGCCUGCUACGACUCUGGUUUCAAGAUCGCCUCCCUCCUCCAGGUCGUCUGUGUCGUUGCCGCUGGUCUUCUUUUCUGGGCCCAUAUGCGCAAGGGCCGCAAGCUCAUGCAGCAGAACAUGGCCUGA